CUUUUCACUGAAGAAGAUUGGUGGUAUUUAAUUAUAAGUCGGUAAGAUUCAUAUUUAGCCCCGUUUAGAAGGACUUGAUCAUGGACCUGCUGUAUCUCCUGGUGGGGUUGGUUGUCCUCUUCCACCUUCUUGCCGUGGUGAUGAUAUUGCGUGGAGAUGCAGACAUCCUUCUUCAGAUCAAGACAAAGUUUGGAAAGUCCGUUAAGUCACUGGCUGGACAAGUCGUGUGGAUUACUGGAGCUUCGAGCGGUAUUGGGGAGGAGUUAGCCUAUGAGUUAGCUAGGGCUGGAUGUCGACUGGUUCUAUCGGCACGACGGACAAAGGAGCUGGAGAGAGUCAAAAAGGAGUGCAUGUUAAGGGGAAGUGUCAAGGAUGAGGACAUUUUAAUACUGACCCUUGAUUGUAUUGACUUUGACAGUCACAAAAGUGCUGUCGACAAAGUCCUUGCACAUUUCAAGAAAAUAGAUGUACUGGUUAACAAUGCUGGUCGGUCCCAGCGAGCAGAAUGGGUGAAGACAGGUCUCCAGGUUGACAGGGAUGUGUUGGAGCUCAAUGUCCUGGGGGUGCUGUCCCUCACCAAGCUCGUCCUCCCCCACAUGGCUGACAGGAGGUCAGGCCACAUUGUCAAUGUUUCCAGCAUUGCAGGAAAACUAGGUGCGCCCCUCUCAGGAUCUUACACAGGAGCAAAACAUGCCAUACAGGGUUGGUUUGAUUCGCUGAGAGUAGAAAUGUUUGACAAGAAUGUCAGUGUAACCAACAUCUGUCCUGGGCCUGUCUUCUCCAACAUCCUGGCGGUGGCUUUCACAGAGAAUGCUGGAGAGGAGUUGAAGAGUCAAAUGAACCCAAAAGAAACGCGUAUGAAGACCGACCGUUGUGCUUACCUGAUGGGGGUCGCCAUUGCCAACAAUAUGUGGGAGGUGUGGAUUACAAACAACCCAGUGCUGUUGUUUACUUAUGCAAACCAGUACAUGCCCAACGUCACAAAAUGGUUGUCAUGCAGAAUGGGUCUUAAAACCAUCCAGAAGAUCAGAGAAGGACAAAACUAGAACUCAGAAUAUCCUGAUUAUGUAUCGGUUACUACUGUAUGGAUUGCUAUUUUCACGGGGAAAACGUUAAAUAGAUUAUUCGUGAGGCAUAUGUAUGAUCGCGAAAAUAUGAUUAGUGUAAUAAUAUUAAACGUGUUUAUGACAUCUUUGAUAUAACUGUACAUGCAAUGCUGUCAAUUAUUACAUUGUGUAUUACAUGUGUCGUCAUUAGCAAAUAUGAAAGUUGACAUUUUGAGCAAUAUCCACCAAAAUUAGACAGACCGCGAAAUAUUUUAUUUGUGGAAAUUUUCUUUCUCUAUUUUUAGAAAAAAAUAGAUUUGUGAAAAUAACCAGACUUGCGGUAAUAUUCGGCCAAUACUAGCUAUGAUACGUGGUUAAUCAUUUAAACACAGUCACACUGUCUAGUUAAGCACCACAGUCACUUAAUACUAUAUAAUUAUAGAAUGCAUUUCUUGAAUUGUCUUUGAGAAUGGUUUAAUUGUCUUGUAUGGAAUAUCAGGCGAUGUGUUCCAGAACAGAUUUUGAAGAAGAGCAAAACAAUCAACAUUUUUUAAUUAUAAUAUAGCUAUCCAUAUUUAUAUAUAUAUAUAUGUAUUGUUACAAGACAACAGUACUUGUAUAACAGAGACCAAUAUAUUUAGGACACCUUAUUAUACACCAUUCCACAUUGUCUGUUGCUUUUUUCGCCAUGUUCUUAAAAAAAAAAAAAAAAACCGUCAUGGAUAUUUGUUAAAUUGUCACCCUAAUAUAUCAAAAGACUCAAUCAUAAGGCCUGCAACUCUUCUUGUAAGGAAUUCGAAUUUCAAAAUGGUAACAAUUGGAUUUUUUAAUAUCAGCAUUAAGACUUAUUUGAUUUUUUUCAGGAUUGCUAUGAUACUAAUUCAAUAUGUAAAAGGAUAAUUGUAAAAAUAUUUAAAUGUUAUUUCAACCAUACGUACGAAAUACAAAUACCUAAAAUAUGAAAUUGCACUGUUUAAGUUGUCAGCAUGUAAUCUUGAUAUGGAACGUGGUCAAAACAAAAUAUCGAUAGAGGGAAGGAUUUGUAACAUAUGUGAUUCAGUGAUACAGAGAGGGUAAAUCUGUGUUAAUGUUAACCAGAGGGGUUGAAAGACUUCAUGGCUAUAUAAAUCUUCUGAUCCAUUCAUUCUUGUACAUGUUACUUAGUAUUUCCCUUUUUCUUUAGCAUAUAUAUAUAUAGUACAUUUGUUUGGAAUGUGGAUGCAGAUUUUUCUUAUUAUACCUCGGUAAACAAAAUAAACAUCAUUAUUGCUAAAACAGAAGCACAUUAUUGUUCCUUACAUCCUGUCUGUAGAGAAUGGCACUUGUUUCGACACUUCUCUUGUGACACCACAGUAAAAAUGUCUUGAGUGCUUUGUUUUCCAAGCAGCAAAUAUUCUGGUCUUUCUGUCAAUUUUCAGGGGCAAGUAAUGUUACAAGUAUUGCAUCUUCAAGAUGUGAGACUGUGCAUCAUGGAAUAUGUUUGAAAACAAAUAGAUAAAAUGCCACUAUAAAUGUUCGUACAUGAAUCCAUACAUAUAUUGUAUUUAAGUAUUUAAUAAUGUAUAUGACAGUCAUAUGGCACAGGACUUUUCCAAGUAGAGAUUUUUUUAUUUUUAUUUUGGUCCAAUUUCAAGGUCAAACUAAUAAUUAAAAAAACAAGUAAAAUGGUUAGGGCCUGUGAACAUAUUGUUUAUUGAACUGUUUACUGUUUCUUCAAAUCCCUGUUGAAAAGAAAAUGAUUAAACAAAGACGGACAAUAGUGUAAAAUGAUUUAAAUAACUAAUUAAAAGAGAUACCUUACAGUACCCCAGGAGCAUACUAGUCACAUGUCGGUAUCAAUUACAAUCAGUAUUUUUGUGAUGCUAACUCGUACAUUUAUGUGGUCCGAUAUACUAAUGAAAUCCUACAUAGCAUUAAAUGCUUCAAACAUU